CAUGAAGUAGAUUCUCCUAAGAAAUGUAAAUUAGUUAAAGUAAAUAAAAAUUCUCGACUGAAAUCGAAAAAAUUCACUUCACCUGAAAAGGAAGAGAUAAGUGCAACCUUGGAUCACAAUGACAUUUUGAAAGAUUCAGAAUCGAAAAAAAGGAAAUCUUUUACAGAAAGCAAUAGUAUUUCUAAUGAAUGUGGAAAGGAGGAGGAAGGUGCUCAUGAAUUAGAUUCUGUUAAGAAAUGUAAAUUGGUUAAAGUAAGUAAACAUUCUAUGCGGAAGUCAAAAAAAUCCACUUCACAUGAAACUGACAAAACUACUGUAGCUUUAGAUCACAAUGACAUUGUAAAAGAUUCAAAACCAGAACAAAAUAAAUCUUCUAAAGAAGACGAUAAAAAAUAUGCAAAUUCUAUUAUUGAUCUGUUUAAUGAUGGUAACCAUAGCAUUUCUAAUGAGUGUGAAAAAGUGGAGAAUACAGAAAGAGAAAAUAGCAGACCAGAGUAUAUAUCUGAUUACUGCAACUCUAUUGCUGAAGAAAAAAGUUCAAAAUUUGUUGAAAGUAGUCAAUUAAUUGAAAGAAAUAGAACAGUAAAUAAUGAAAUAGAUUUUCCCUCAAUAUUAUGGGAACCAACUGUUGCGCUGGUAUCUACUGAUAUUGAAAAGUUAGGUGGAAAUGUUGAAUUUCCAAGCUCUGCUUCUAAAUCAAAAAAUAAGCUUGAGAGUUUUGUGACAGAAGAUAAUUCAAAUGAGUUUUUGUUUUCUGAACCAACAGAUAGUUUGGAUACACUUGAGAAAACAAAUACUGAUUCUUUGCAAACAAACAGGGACACAGAUUCUGCUUUUUGCAGCAAUGAAUCAAUUGUGGAAGCGCAUAAUAUUGAUAGAGAAAAUUAUAAUGAACUAGCAAAUGAUGAUUGUACUGAAGAAUUUAUGGAAGAUACUUCGCUCGCAAGUCCUGUUGCGUACGAACAGGUUAGAUCUAACCUACUCAAAGCAUUCAAAAAAGCGGUUAAGGGAAGUGUACAACAUCUUGAGAAAGGUUACAAGACUUUAGUCAAAGACUUGCUCAAUUCAAAAAAUGCUCCCUGUAUUAACACUAUUUUACUUGCCGCAAUUGAACAUUUAACGAAAUCAAAAAAAAUUCCGCUAUUCUACUACUCUCUUGAAAAUGAGGCAUCAGAUUUAUUACCAGCUUUAGAAGAGUGUAUCAUCAAUGCUUUUUACACAAUACAAUAUAAUGUUGGGGGAGCUUUUGAUAGUUUAUUACCAACCGCGAUGAAAUCUCUUUAUUUCAUAAUACCAUUUAAAGAACAGAUUCAGGUCUGUGGAUUAAGUGCCCUUUGUCGUGUCUUUACUAAAAUUUGCAGAGUUUUAAAUUGUUCCACAAAUGCAUUAAUGUUGUGUAGUCGACUUCUGAAGAUGAGGCACAAGUUUGCACCAUACCUAAUUGCCUCAAUUGCUGGUGUAUGGAAAGAGCUAUUCCGGGGUAUUUCUAAAAUGCCAGAUAUUGAAGAUUUAUUUCUUCAGUGUCUUGCUUACGGAGCUGCUCAAAGACCGAAAGAUCUGAAUGACGCUCAGUGGAACAGUUGCAUCGAUUUCUUGUCCAAAAAUUUGAAAGCCCCUCCAAGGUUUGAUGUUCUUGAAACAUGUACUACUGUUAAGCACAAUAUUUUAAAACUAGUUCAAGAAGGGUCAUUUAGUGAAUUUGACUUCAUGGUUGGUUCUCCCUUGGUGAUUUUAUCUGCCUUCCAAAGUUGGACAUGGACGAAGACAACGGUUUUAGAUUCCUUUGUGUUACCUUACUUGAAAAAUUACUCAACUCAAGUCUCCUAUGAAAAGGCAUUUAAGUUCUUUUGCCAUAUUUAUACUGACAUAUUAAUGCUUUGUCCAGAUGAAGAUAGUGAUCAUUCUUUUUUGAUGAGUCUUUUCUUGCAUUCUGAUGCAGAUAAAGAAUUUUCCUACGUCCAGUUAGUAACAGCGUAUUCUUUAAUGAAAUUGUGUGUAUUAAAGAAGUCCCCCCCUUCCAAAAUGUUUGAAAGACUGGAUGCAAAAGUAUGAAGAUGAUACAGAGGUUUAUGAACUCGACUAUUUACGUGAAGUGGGAUAUAGCAUUCAAGAAAAUGAUUUAUCUUCUGAUAACAUUAUCUUAAACUUCUCAGGACCAAUACAAGAUAUAUA